UGAAAUCUGAAUUCAUCCAAAAUUUCAAAGAAAACAGACGUGUGUACAUCGACAACAACAAAUACUGGGAGUCGACUUGGACUGCUGAAAGAUUAUGCUACUCCGUAUAUGUUAAGCUAAAGCCUUUCCUUUGCGGCCAUCCCCAGAUAACGACUUGUCCAAACCCCAGAGCAAGGCGAAAAGUUGCAGAAGAGGAAAGGAAGGAAGGGGAGGGAACCCCAACCCCGCUCCCAUCUUGGAAGGGAAUCCAUCCCUCGUCCGUCUCUUCGGCCUACAUCCGUAGGUAGCAGGAAGAGGCGGCGCUUGCGCGCGAUCCAGCCUGAGCCGGCGAAGGAGGAGGAGGAGGAGUUCGCCACCGAUCCACCGUCGUCUUCGCUAAGCUUCGGGUUGGGGUGGGGAUUACCCUCCCGAUCGACCUCUACCAAGUUUCUACCGCAGAAUCACUCUUACAAGAUGAGUGACAAUCUGAUGGACAAGGUCAAUGCAUUGGGCGAGCGCCUCAAGAUAAGUGGGGCAGAAGUUAGCCGCAAGAUGUCGACUGGCGUGACCAGCAUGAGUUUCAAGAUGAAGGAAUUUUUCCAAGGCCAGAAUAUGGCGGACAAGAUUGUUGAUGAAGCCACACCGGAGACCAUGGAUGGCCCUGAUUGGGCCACCAAUCUUGAGAUAUGCGAUAUGGCCAACACCGGGAAGGUCAACAGUGUUGAACUGAUCCGUGCCAUCAAGAGGCGAAUCAUGUUGAAGACCCCAAGGGUGCAGUAUCUAGCUCUUGUCCUCCUUGAGACCGUCGUCAAAAACUGUGAGAAGGCUUUCUCUGAGAUUGCUGCUGAGCGGGUCCUUGACGAGAUGGUGAAACUUAUUGAUGAUCCACAGACUAUAGUCAACAACAGAAACAAGGCACUUAUGCUUAUUGAAGCAUGGGGAGAGUCAGGAGAUGAGCUCCGCUACCUUCCGGUUUAUGAAGAAACUUACAAGAGCUUAAGAUCUAGGGGAAUUCGCUUCCCUGGCCGUGAUGACGAGAGCCUUGCACCAAUAUUUACUCCUCCCCGGUCAGUACCUGCAGCUGAACCAUAUUCUGAUGUAGCACAGGACGGGUAUCAAGAAAUUCCAGAUGAAAGUUUUGCUCCAGUUCGUGUUGUCCCUCCUCCUGUGCAAGUCAACGAUGCUUUUGAGGUGGCUCGUAAUAGUGUUGAACUUCUUUCCACAGUGCUAUCUUCCUCCCCACAAAAUGAGGCUCUAGAGGAUGACUUGACUACCACCCUGGUUCAGCAAUGCCAACAGUGUCAGUACACAAUCCAGAGAAUCGUCGAGACGGCAGGUGAUGACGAGUCUCAGCUCUUCGAAGCGUUGAGCAUCCACGACGAACUCCAGAAGGUCCUCUCCAAGUAUGAAGGGCUCAAGGAGCCCGUCGUCGCAGAGCCUGAGCCAGAACCAGCGAUGAUACCGGUUACCGUGGAGCCCGAGGAAUCCCCCCGUGCCGUCAGUAAAGACACCCCUGCGAGGAAAUCAGCCGGGUCCGGAGGUCGGUCUAGCGGGGACGACUUGCUCCAGGAUCUCGACGACAUGAUCUUUGGUAAGAAAGGCGGCACCUCGUCUCAGCAGGACAGAACUCCCAGGAAGGAGGAGCGGAAGGACGAUUUCAUCGGUUUGUGAUCACCGGGUUAAUGUAUCUACCUGCAGGCUGGAACUUGUUAUGUGUAUACAGAUGUUAGUUGUUCAGUGUAUUCGAAAACUAUGAUAAUAUGUUUGUGAUUUGCACAUGUGUGAUAUGCGCAUCUUUCUUGUCCUGUGUUUA